AUGCCGUUUCUAUAUAAUCUCGUUGACCGUCUCGCAGACGUGGUCAUCGCGGCCGUUAGCCCUCCAAAGCGUCCCCAUGAACGUGAACGUGAACGAAAACGUUCAUUUAGCCCCCCACCACGACCAAACCAUCGUCCCCUCCGCGAAGAAGAUUACGAUGAUGAAGACGACGACUACGAGCCCCUCUCCUACUACAGCCGUCGGGUAAGCCGCCAGGUCGAUGAGGAAACCUUGCCCUCGUUCGCUGAAGAAGGGGCCCGUCCGGGUCCUGGCUAUAGCAGCAGGGACGGAGAGAACGCUCGACGCUACCGCGCCCCGCACAAUGCAAAGCGUGUCCGCUGGGGUGGUAUCAAGGCCUAUGAUGAUUAUGUGCCCCUGGCUUCUGCGCCGGGGUUAAGUGAGUUCCCGCAGAGGCGGACGAGUACGAGCCCUAAUUAUGUCUACGGUGCUGAGGAUCGUAGGAGCCCUAGGGAAAGGCGCAAGAGAAGCCCUGGUUCCAGUCCUAGGUCCAGUCCCAGUUCCAGCCGGAGCGGCAGCAAAAGCCGCGAGGGUAGCCCUAAGCUUCCGGGCUCAUAUGAAGAAGGAAAGGGAGGGCAGCCAGCAGCACCUUCUCCUCCUUCUGCGCCGAUACUGCGACAACUCCUGCACCGCACGCACGUUCCGCGCAAAUCCAUACUCAAGGCGCCAACUGCAACAGAUGAUGAGAUGAUGGUUAGAAACCUAUGGUCGAUGGUCGUGCUCUCACAGAACCAGCUCGAGUAUACAUAUGAGUUCCUCUCAUCUGUAAUGCUCAUUGGCGAUGAUGUACUUGAUACCAUGUGGACAGCGGGCGAGAUGACGAUGUUUGAGGAGGCUAACAAGAGGGCGCGGAGGUCGCUGGAACGGGAGAGGCGACGUGCCCGCCAUCCGAUUCUCGAGCCCAGACCGCGGUAUAGAAGGCCGAGAGGGCCUGAGCCUGAGCGGGAAAUGGUCGCUCCUGAGGUUGCGCCCUGGACUGAGGGGGGGCAGCAGAGGAACCCCGUUUCAGAGCCGAGGGAGAUGGAUAUUAUAGAGGAAGAAGAGGAAGGGGAUGCUAGUUGGACGUGA